UUAGUCCCAUAUAUUAUCUGCAAAUUGGGCAUUAACGACAGUCGCACAUUAAAUUAAAGUUUCGUUGGAGCAACGUUGGAAUAUUACGAAAAUUACACAAGUAACACACAUUUGUGGAAUACCAAUAACCAAAAGGGAAAGCGCGCAGAACAAUCAUGGAUCUGAAAAGUGCGACAAUAUUUCUAAUCAGCUUAACUGUAUGUCAAUACGCUCAAAGUCAACUUCUUACGUUCGAAUUGACAUUCAAAAACGGCACAUUCUAUCCCGAUUCGAAUAUCAAUAUUGAUGAUGUGGAUAUCAAUGAUGCAGACUCAACUAGAAUAGCAGGCGGAUAUUACGCAAGCAUAGGAGAAUUUCCAUUUAUGGCAGUAGUACAUCAACUUUUUGGUAACGGAUUAAGUGGACAAUGCGGUGGCACAAUCAUAAAUAGAAGAUGGGUUCUCACAGCCGGCCAUUGCGCAGUGAAACAUCCACGAAAGUUUUUUGUAGUUUUCGGCAUCAUCGACAAGUCUGGUAUAAAAUACGAUUUCCUUCGAGGCCCCGGUGUAUCAAUGAUUACAACUCGAGCAUUUGUACACCCGAACUACAAACAGACACCGGCUGUCCACAACGAUAUUGCCUUACUCUACAUGCCGACUGAUAUUCCCUUUUCCAAUACUAUUCAACCUAUACAGCUCGCUCAUGUAAAUAAAAGUUAUGCAAAUGAAUAUGCUAUUGUCAUGGGAUGGGGAAAAGACCACAAGGACAGUAGAGGGACGGAAAAGCUUAAAUACGCCGAUUUACCGAUUAUUCAAAAUACUGUAUGCAAAGCCAAAUGGCACGGCGUCACUGACAAGCACAUUUGCACGGCCGCAGGAUUGGGACGAGAUGCUUGUCAGGGUGAUAGCGGUGGCCCUCUCAUCGUAACAGAAAAUGGCAGGUACAUUCAAGUUGGUAUUGUGAGUUACGGAGACGCAUUUUGCCCUAGCAAUACACCCGGAGUGUUUACUAGGGUUUCUUCACAUAUAAACUGGAUUCACCGAAUUACAUCUUAACUAUUAAGUAAAAAGAUUUCUAAUUUAGGUAUAUAUACAUUUUUUAAUUAAAAAAUGCUCUUGUAAUAAGUUACUUUAUUUUAAUAUCAUUGAAAAGUAUUUUUAUAUGUUUUAAUAAUAUUAAGAUAUUAAUAUCAGCAAACGUUAAUAUGAAAUCUAAUCGAGAUCAUGAGACGUUCAAAUCAGAUUAGAAAAGCCAAAUGCGAUCUAAAGCCAAUUUUGAUGCUUAAUAAUAAUAUUUUUCGUGUGAAUCUUAGAAUUUUUAGUUUAGGUAAAUUGCACGCAGAAUAUUUUGUCGGUCUUGAAACGCAGCUUGAAACUAAAUCCGGACUACAUAAUAUUACAAUUAAAUUGACAAGUAGUUUAAUAAUUUUGAUGCUAAUAUUAUCAUUUGGGAGUACAAUAUUAAUAUCGUGAGGGACCUUAAAGGAAAUUGUUAUAUAUUGCAUUGUAUAUUUCUAUGUCAUUUUUGUCGAUUAUGCCGAAUAUUACAAAAAAUUUUUUUAAAAAUAUUUUUAAUUAC